UAACAAACCAAAUUGGGUUGGGUUGAUCAUAUCGGGGUGUGUAUUCUCAUAUUGUUAUCUACUUCUGAUACUGUUUUUACGUAUUAUUUAGGAGGAAUGUACAUUAAUAUCAUCAGCAGGACUGAUUGAUAACCCCGGUUGAUAACAUAAUUUGGAUAAGGCUCCAUAUCAGAAGAGACUGAACUGACCAAGCAACAGACAUCAAUUAACCAAGACAUUGAUGGCGCAUACUAGUACCAGCAGCAAGGAGACCAGGAUGAGGAAGAACAACAAUUUAGAUGGACUUGCAUGGUCAUGCUGUGGUUCCAAACUAAUGAACAAACCAGCUGGUAAGAAUAUGAUGUAUGAACCAACAAACAUUGAACACAUUGCAAAUUGCAUUACACAUGGGCUGUGGAUCAUCCCAAGCUGCAUAGGUUGCCUAUGUAUGCUCCACCAAUCUACCACCGAGCAGCACAAGUACUCUGCCAUUAUAUACGGCCUUUCUCUCAUUUGUCUCUUUAGUGUGUCCACCAUUUUUCAUCUUGUGGCCUGGAGUGGGAAAACAAGCACUCUACGUUUCUACCUGCAUGUGAGUGACAGAGCGGUGAUCUACUUGUUUAUAGCUUCAUCAUAUACACCUUGGCUAACACUUCGUGACAUGGGGUUCUUAGGGCAGACAAUGCGUUGGUUUAUCUGGGUGAUGGCAGUUCUCGGGAUUUCUUAUAAUUACUGUUUCUAUGAAAAAUAUAAAAAGCUUGAAACCUUCUUCUAUUUUGUGAUCGGAUUUUUGCCUGCUAUAUCCAUCGUCUUGACAACAUCAUUGUCAUCUAUCAACACAGACGGUUUGUCCGAAAUGGCUCUCGGUGGACUGAUCUACGUCCUUGGAACAGCGUUCUUCAAAAGUGACGGAAUCAUUCCAUGUUCUCAUGCAAUAUGGCACCUGUUUGUCGCAGGCGGCGCCUACGUUCAUUACUAUGCGGUCACUACAUACUUGUACAUUCCAAACUCCGGUGAAACAGAUUAAAAUUGAAUUUUGGGUAUAAAUCAGGUAUGCCAUACAAAGCAGAGUUUUGUUGCUAAGGUAUCACUAAACAAUUGUCAUUCUAAAUUUAUAUCUAGUUAAGUGUGUUAUUAACUGGUAGGGUAAAUGAUAUUAUAUAAACAAAAACAGAUCUAGAAAAUAUAGGUAAGCCAAAAGGUGAACUAAUUAAUGCGCAAUGCCAACAAAGAGUCAUUGAUUCUAAGUUAUAUUAAUGAGAGAGUGAAUACAAAAUAUAGAAAGAAGCGAGGGAAAAGUGAAGUGUGGUGACUGUUUUAAGGAUUAUAUUUCAGUAAUGUACCUGUAAUAGGCAAUUGUGUGUGUGAACAUUCCAUAAUUCUUCUCAAUGGUUUGUUUUUGCAGUGUCACCCUCUAGUGGUGACAGUAGAGAGUACAGUAGAGAAUUGAUAUUUUCUAUAAUAAUUUAAUGUUAAAUAGUUCAGGUUUUAAUACAAUAUAUGUGGAUUUGUCAGCCAACACAAGCCAUGUUUGUAGAACACAGACACACACAUUCCUGGUCCAGUUCUUGGUCAGUUUAUCAGUUUAAUUGGCACUCCAUAAACAUAUAUUAUAAAAUAUUUAAAUGAUAUAUAAUAAAAUACAGACUCUUAUAUUGACAUUUCUUAACCUUUAGGGACUGUCAAGCCUCAAGUUUGGGCUUUUUAGGGGUAAGGACACUUUUGCUACGAUUAUUAGGGGCACCAUUGAUAUAAAAAGGGCAUUAAGACGAGUGUAUCACAAAAUAACUCUUAAUGUAUUACCAGAGGUAUUUUUGAGGAAAUUUCAGAAAGGACUAUUUGACAGUUAUUCUAUUUAGAAGUACAACAAGAUGAAAUAGAAUGAUAUAUUUUUAGCUUUUAUUAAAUGAUAUUUUUAGCUUUUAUUAAAUGGACAGUGUAUAUAAAUUUUAGUUGUUACACAUGAAUUUAUGAUAGGUAAGUGAAUUCAUUAUAAAUAUAAAAGGAAUAAAUAGAAUAAGAACUAUUUAAAUUUUAUUAAUGUUUUUCUAAAUAUUUUCAUAGAAUAUUAGAUUAAUUAAUAGUGAUUAAGUUUAAUAUAAUAUGUAAAGUUGCAAUCUGGUUGAAAGAUAAAUAAUUCAGGAGUAUAUUUUGAUGCCUUGCAAUAUGUACAAAAAUUGUAUUCCAAAUUAUAAAUAUUAUUUUUGUGUUAAUUCAAGCAUUAUAAAAAAAAAAAUUAUUUUUAUGAUUUUUAAUAUCUAUUAUUGCUUGCAUUUAUCUAUAGCUCCAAAAACUUAUAUAGUUAAUUAUAAUUAUAAACAACGGUCGCAAAAAGAACAAAGGUCUGGAAAAAUAUAAUAACAUCAGUAAGACGAGAAUUUUUAUACGUUGUUUUGCAAACUUCUAAAUUAAUUUCUUCUUAUCGAGUCACUACAUAGCUAAUGCAUAUAAUCUAGCUUACGUAGUCUGGUAGAAGGAUUCGCAGGUAGGAUGGAUACCUGACAUGAGCUGCGACAUAAACUCUCCUUCUGUGGCCAAGUUAAUAAGAGGGUGGAUACAAAAUAUAAAAAGAGAGCAAAGGAAAAGGUGGUGGUUUAGGAAUGUAUUUCAGUAAUGUUACCUGUAUAGGCAAUUCUGUGUGAACAUUCUUUAUUCCUUUCAGUGGUUUGUUUUUGAAGUGUCGCCCUUUAGUGGUGUUUUCUUUUUUUUUAGUUUUUUAUUUUUUUUUCUUUAAUAGUAGAAUAUCAGAGUUUAUUGUCAAUGAAUACAACAGCUGAGAUUAAUGUUUUCUAUAAAAAUUUAAUGGUAAAUAUUUCAGAUUUUAAUAUAUAAUAUAAAAUUACUGACGUGUCAUAAACAACUUACAGAGUUAGCGAGAAUUGUAAUUACUAUAGGUCUUUCGUUAAAACUGGUUCAAUUUAGUGUGAAAGUACUGUAAUUGUUGUGAUAACAUGCAAAGCUCUGUCCAGGUGGUUGUAUGCCCAUAUAUAGUCGUGAUGUGCCUAUAUAUGGUCAUGAUGUGAUGUCAUCAUGACCAUAUUUAGGCGUGUCACAUGUUUUUGUAAAAUACAAUUUGAUAGUCUGGACAGGCCUUAACAGUCAGAUUGAAGAUGUUUCUCCUUUGGACUCACCUUGAUUUGGUGCUUACACAAAUUCAUCUUAAAAAAAAUGACUAAUUUCAUUCCAAAUCACUAUAUUUAUAAAAGAACUUAAGGAGGUGCUAGAGUAUGAUUCAGAAACUGAUAGACACAAAGGAUAGAAAUAUAGAUAACAUUAUAUAAUGAUAUGUUAUACAUACUGGUACUGGGACAGCUAUAGAUAAUUGCAUGUGCUGUAGAUUUAUUUAUUAAAAAUAAUGUAUGCCCUACUCUGUUUAUACCCUUACACCUUUGAACUGUUACUGUGUUCUCACCCCUUCAAAUAGAGACACCUCCCUUCCCCUUAUAUAAUGGACAUCCGUAAUAUGGACAUUUCUCUCAUAAUGGACAAUUCUUUGAUGGACAGCCUUCUGCCUUACAUUACCGUUUGUUCACAUGGUAUUUAGAGGCUUGUUUGUAAUGCAAAGGAAAAUGUAUAACCAUAAAGCUUCAUCUUACUGACACACUUUUGCCUUAUAACACUUUUUGUCGAAUGAUGUGAACAUGUAGCUACUAUAAGCGCCUCUUUACAGCGGCUGAGGUAGUUAAAGGCCACACCCAUAAACGAUUCACACAAAGACGCUGCAAGUUAUGGGUUAUUCUUUUAUCUUGUUUGUGGCUAGUAGGUAUUGUUUUUAUAGACAAAUAUUUAUAGGACAGGAUGUUACUUAGAAAUAAAAUUUGUCAACGUGUUGAUUGCUGUUAGAACAUUAUGUAAAUAAUAACUAAACACUUUCUUUACUGAAAUUAUUAAUAUUACUUUACAUAUUUCUAUGAAUUGUAUCUUUAUAAGCGUAUUUAGUAUCAAUUUAUAUAUGAUAGUGAAUUUAGAUGGACCAGUUGCAAUGUUAUUUCAUCAGGGACAUAUUUAAGUGAAUAUCAAAAUAAUACCGCUACAGGAUUCAAGAAUUCAUUAUUAAUUGGAGCUGUGGUUUGGUAGAUGCAACCUGUCGCACACUGUGUCGGCAGACAACGCAAUGCAAUGAGACGGCAAGGCAACAAGACAUAUUGUGCGAAUAAAUGUUUUUCAACAAAGAUCUACUCGGACUGUUACUGUAUAAACGGUCAGCGAAUCAUACAAGCACUUACACAGACCGCUGACGAAUGUGUCAAUGCAUUGUUUUUAAUAGUAUUUAUCGCUGUUGUCAUUUUCAUGUUUUGCUCGCUUUUUACAUCACAUAUUUUACCUUACUAAACUUCGUUUUUAUUGUCUGACAAUUUUUUAACUUCUUUCACUAUUGUAUCUUGUUUAUAAACUUGCGAUUUUGGUCAAAUGAAUGAAUGAUUGAAUUGUGUGCGGGGCAGACAAAUUUGUCAAUGUAUUGUUGUUAAUAGUUUUUAACGUUGUUGUCAUUUUCAUGAUUUGCUUGCUUUUUACAUCACGUAUUUUACCUUUCUAAGCUUUGUAUUUGCUCUUUGACAUUCUUUUAACUUCUUUUACUCAUGUAUCGUAAGUUUGGUCAUAUGGAUGAAUGAUUGAUUGAUUGAUUGAUUGAUUGAUGGAUGGAUGCGCAGGGUAGAUAAAUAUUGUGCAGAGGUAAUGAUAGUAUUAUUAAUCCACAAAUUGAUACUUGUAUACAGUAUUUAUAAAGCAUUAUGUAGUUCAAUUCUGUGAUUGAUAAGUGUUCUCGCUGUUGGAUAUAUAUAAAAAAAAGAUGACAUGUAGAUGGUAGUUAAUUUGUUGUAAUAUAUAUUUACACAAUGCAAUUUGUAUUUAACACAUUUUCAAGUCUAUAAUAAAGUACAAGGCUCCCUCUAAUUAAAGACCAUCGCCAAUUAGAAACCACUUCGGUAUUCCUAAAUUAACAGUGUUUGUGUUACCUUUAUUAUUCUAAUAUAGAGACCAAAACAGUAAAGACCAUAGAACAUGUCUUUGAUUGGAGGGAGACCUGUAUAUUGGUGGUAUCUACAUAUGUACUGUACUAUGAAGAUCAUAGUGAAACUAUGAACAAUAUGAAAUGAAACGUUGUUUCACUUUGAUCUUUAUGUAAUGAUUGUUAUCAGUAUCAUAACCAUUAUCAGGUCAUUAGAAAGUUCUUCUCACUUACUGAGAACUUGAUAUAACAGUAUAUACAACAUAAAAUUGAACUUGUUUUAAAUUCUGUUAGUAAGAGCUCAAUGAAUUUAUAACAUGAUCUGGUCGUCUUAUAUCUCUGUAUCGCCUAUAAUAAUGAAAGUAAAUUUAUAAAAUUAAUUAUUUCUGAUAUCUGGUUGACAGAUAUCGAUGUCUGAUUAAGAUUUGGUGAGAAGAGUUGUUAAUAAUUCAAAACUUGAAUAAAGUUGCGUGUUAAUACA